GCCGCUUGUCCGGCAUUCAUUCGCUCCUACUUAGUGCGCUUCCAUGUACCUGUGUUGAGAAGCACUCCCAUUUCACAGUGGACAUCUAGCCCGUGCAUCCACCUUUUACAAAUACCUAGGUACCUUCGAGCACUUGCAUCUAUACGCUUCAGGCGAUUGCGCUGGCACCGACAAUCCCACCGCCACGGCUCGACAAAUUGCACUGCAGGUCAUGUGGUGGCUGAGUCGAUGCACGUCGCGGCAUCCAACGCUGAACAGCUGUUGUUGUAGGGCAAAUCAUUUAGCAUUGGCUGAUCGGGUGUCGGAAUCUCUAUCCUACGCCGCUAUGCCCUGGGCCCUUCGUAGUGCUUGCCACCAAGCUCACCCAUCAUCAUCAUAUCCAUCAUGUGAAGCCUUCUAG